ACCAUGGUUGUAUUAGCUGCUGUUUGCGCAGAUCAUGGAUUUAUAGUACCAAUAUAUAGUAGAGGAACCACUUGUUGCUCCUAAAUCUCUUGCAUGCUGGACCAGUCUAGAUACUGUCUCCCUUAUUUGUUCCUGAUUUUCUCUUUUGGUAUUUAAAAAAGGGUUGGCCUCAUGCCAUUUUAACCUUUGCAUCACCAAGAGGGAGGAGGAUGCUUCUCAGCUGUAGGUUGCUAUGUCGACGUUUGGCUACUGCUUGUUGUAUCCUUUGGAUCCUCACGUUCGUCCCAACUUCCACUCAGGUCCAAAGGCCCCCAUAUCACAGAGGAUACAUCCCCAGAUUUGGCCCUGAGCACAGUCAACCUGCCAGUUCCAGCAAUGAGUGGAGUUCAUGGCACAGCUGGUCUCCAUGCUCUCGAACAUGUGGUGGGGGCGCUGCAGUGCGCAGCAGGCAGUGUCUCAUCAGAGAUCCAUCAGGUCCCAUUUGCCAAGGAAACCAGAGACAGUAUCAGGCAUGCAACAUAAAAGACUGUCCAUCAGGAGUAACUGAUUUUAGGCAUUUUCAAUGCACAGCUUACAACAAGAAACCUCUGAUGGGAAACUUCCACACAUGGCUACCUUUCCAUUCAGGGCAGAGUGACUGUGAACUCAGCUGUUUGGCACAGGGACAGAAUUUUUAUUACAACUUUGGUUGGGUUUUGGAUGGGACACGGUGCAGUGUGGACUACGAGGGCAUCUGCAUAAAAGGACAGUGCUUGCAAAUCGGCUGUGACAACAUCUUGGGCUCAGAAGAGAAGAUUGACAUUUGUGGGGUGUGUGGAGGGAAGAAUAUCUCAUGCAGACACUACCACAAUAUCUACACUACCAAGUACCCAGCUUCUGGGCUUUUUGGCUACAAUGAAGUGACAAAAAUUCCUGCAGGUGCUACCAACAUCAAGGUGACUGACAAGAGUAACAACUAUUUAGCUCUAAGAAACCGAAAUUACCACUAUGUGAUUAAUGGUAACUGGGCAAUUAACUUGCCUGGAGUCUACAAUGUUGCUGGGACCAAAGUCCAGUACAAACGUUCUGCAGAGAAUCUGGAGAGUUUUGAAGCUACAGGACCUAUAGAUGAUGAUCUCCAUAUAAUGGCACUGUUCACAGAGCAGAAUUCAGGAAUUGAGUAUGAAUAUUGGCUUCCAAAAGAUUACUAUGUGCAGCAGCAGCGAGACCGGAGCUCGCUGACAGAGCACAUAGAGGCAGAUAUUUUACCAACUGCUGAACCAACACAACCGAUAACAACUAGAAACAGUGCACAAAAAACUACCCCAGUAAUGGUGAAACAGCACCCCCAGACACGUCUAGAAAGGGACAACAAUGAAUGGAAUCAAGUUAAGGAGACCAAAAAAGAUGAUAAAUGUGGAAAGUGCAAGAAAGUAAGAGGACGGCAAAACAAAAUCAAACAAUAUUGUCAAAAAGACUUUGUUUUUCGUGCAAGAAUUAUAAGCAAGAAGACUGUUGGGAAGGAGACCUGUUAUGAUGUCCAAGUGGUAAUGACCUAUAAAAACAAUUUUCCUAUUCUAAGGCGGGAAUAUAUCUGGGUUCCAAACACUUGUGACUGUCCUAAUCUGGUAGAGAAAAGGGAAUAUAUCUUGAUGGCGAGGAGACACGUAAACUAUGAGCACACACUCAAUAGAAUAUUGCUGGAAACACACAGCUUUUGCACGUCCUACAGACCAAAGGAGGACAAAAUGCUUCGGAACCUUGAUGUAGAAUGUGCCAAGUAUGGAUACCAAAUAAGGACAAAACAGAACCAAUGAUACUUAUGAUAACGGAUUGAGUUGUACCUGAAGACAUUGUAACCAACAUUACUCUGCACAAUUAUUUACUGCUUAUAUGAAUUAAUGAAAAUGUCUUGGUUGUUUGUUUAAAUAUUUGAUGGAUUAUAGUGCUAAGGCAUUGUAACCCAGCACUUUGUUUAAAUAUGACUGUAAGUCACUUUGCCACCCAAGAGAUCUGUAGAGAUAUUUCAAAUAAGCUGUCAGAAGAGCACAAACAUUGACAAAUUAUAUUUUUCAAUAUGAAAAAAGAGUGAUCCAUUUAAGGGAUAUAUGUUCUUUAAGCAAUGGAGUAAGAUGGGUAUGUUCCUAAUACAUAUGCUAUCACUUUCCUGCCUUGAGUCCAGUUCAGUUUCUAUCUAUUUGUAGUGUUAGACUUUAAAAAAAAAAGUUUAUCCAUAUUUGCAAAAGGCCUAGAAACUGGUCAGUUUAUAAGAACCAUAGAGCUGAAUCAUGUUUGCCUUCAUGUUCCCAUCCAUGCAGGUCACUAAGCAAGAGAUAUCUCAAAUAUGCUGUACGAAGAGCACAAACAUUGACAAAUUAUUUUUUCUAAUAUGAAAAAAGAGUGAAUUAUUUAAGGGAUAUAUGUUCUUUAAGCAAUAAAGUAAGGUAGCGAAAA